AUGAAGAGAGGUAGCUGCAGCAACACCUCGGAGUGUAGUGGGAAGAGGCUCAGAGUUCUGGAGACAGUAUUACCAAGUGAUACAUCUCCAGGCUUUUUCUUGGAGUGUGAGCAGAGACAGCAGGGAGCUGGACCACAACAGACUCCGGAAGUCCAGCCUCGCGUGUUGGGUUCACAGCCAGAAUUACCAUUGGUCGCGUCACAACACGGUGUGGCGCGCAUACCGGUGGCAGUUAAACCGUCUUCCUCAUCAAAGCGGCGCCCGGUAAGGCACGCCUCGCCUAUAAGGGCACGUCUAGUAGCCACGCGAGAAGCAGCAGCCGCCGCCCCCGCCGCCCCCGCCGCCCCCGCCGCCCCCGGCCCCGACCCUGCCCCAGCCACAGCCGCCACAGCACCGCUCUGGCGUCCACGAGCCACCCUCCCUCAGGCUAGCAGGUUAGGGCUGCAGCAACCAGACUGCUCGUAG